AACAUUGUUCACGCUACCAAAACAAAACAAACUAUCGUGGGACAAGCAGCUGUGGCUGCGGCAGGUGAUUUAGCCUAAAUUGAAGUCUUCUGGUAUGAAAUGAAGACCCUUGUAGCAUCCUGAAGGGAAAAAUUAGACACAAUGGCAGAAUUUCAAGUACAGGCUAUGUCAGAUGGGAAGCUCCCUGAAGAUUUGCCACAGCGUGGGAGAGUUAAUGAAGUUUGCAGGGAGUGGUUGAUGCAUGAGGACCAGGCCCUUGCCUACAGACUUCAGAGUGAAGAAUAUCAGAUGCAUCUUGGAAGUAACCGAGAACGCAAUCAAAUUCUUCGACAAGAUGCCCCCAAGGCACGAGAGGAACAGAUAAGGGAGGACCAUGAAGCUGCAAUGGCACAAACAGCUUAUGAACUUUCUUUAGCACAGCAGGAGGCUCGUGAUGCUGCUUUGGCCAAUGCUUUAGCACGCAAGCUAAACGUUGAAGAGGAAGAAACUCGCAAGAAGCAGGAGGAGGAGGAUAUGGCAUAUGCACGAAACUUAUUGGAGCGGGAAAAAGAGACCAUACGGCAAACCAGGGAAUUACGGCAAGUAGAGAGAGAGGCUGCAUAUCUAGGCAUUAAUACAGGGAAUGACAAUGUUGCUUUAUUAGCACGCAAAGAGCCAAGGGAAGGAGAUUUGAAUACCUCUGUGAACAGUGACCAGUCUGGACAAGCAUGUGCAGUAUCAUCAGAUCUUUCAGACCUUAGUGACUUCUGUUUGCAACCUACAGAUGAUAUGGAUGAAGAGGAGCAAAGAUCUUGGCAAGAAGACCAAGAUGCUGAAUUAGCCCGGUUUCUGCAGGAACAAGAUGGUAAACGUCGAGGUGACAUGCUUCAUCAAGACCAGCUUAUGGCUAUUGAAGCGCAAGAUAGAGAGCUGGCUAAAGUUCUUCAAGAACAGGAACGGGCUAAAGCUAAGAAAGCUCGUGAAAAGGCUCGACAGAAGGCCCUUCAGAAAAAAAUGGCGCGUUCGUCACAGUUGCCAGAAAAUGAUGUAACUGAAGAGGCUGUAUUGAAUGCGCAGCCAAGAAGACACUCGUCUCCUCUAAGAGCUCCACAUGAUGAGCCAGGCCCUUCACAUUACUCAAGAAGUGAUUCCCCAAGUCGUACAGAUUUUCAGAGCUCUAGUCCCACAUAUGCUUCCCCUGAUUCACCAAGGGAAGAUAUUGAGAAUGAUUGGCAAGCAGCUAGAGGGAGGCCUUUACAGAGGCCAAACUCUCUUGAUUUACCUGGGACUUCACAGUAUGCUGUUCCUCAUGAACCCCGGUCUGCAAAGUAUGCCCGUCAGUUCCCUGUUGGAAAGACAAACAAGCCAAGACUUCCAGACCCAGAGGUUACUACGGAUUUAGAAGGCGAAAGUAGUAGUAGCAUUGAACCGAGUCCAGCUAUGGGUUUUACCAAUAUUGCUUGUGCUAUAGACCCAACCUACCAGCGUCGGGUGAUGCGUGGAGAAUUAGCAGCUUCUCCUCAAACUACACUUCAGUCUACUUCAUCAUCAUCAUCUACUAGCAGUGGGACAGGAGGUAUUAUCCCAGCCAACAUGAUGUCUCCCAUAUCUCCAUUACCACCACCAGUAUUUGAGGAUGAUGAUGACUACCCAGUGCCUCCAUAUAUGCCCAUUCAAGGUCAGCGGCGCACUGCAAGUCUAGAAAAGAAUCGUCGAUUAAAACCUUCAAAAGAGAAAUCUAAGGAAAGCUGUAAGCAACAGUAAGAAAUAUAAUUUUUUGGUUUUAUGUAUAUCAAAAUAAGACUUUCCAGGUCUGAAGUUUUGCUAUUGAUUGUUUCAUCUCGAAAUUAUUCUUUGACACCAUAUCAGCAAGGUCCAAAGUUGUAUGUAAGGUAUACUGUGAUUGGUGUUCUCAGGAGCCUCCUUUACUGUCCAUUUGAUACUGAUAUUGCCAAAUUUUUACAUGGUCAGAGUGAAAUUUGUUACCAACAAAUUCUACAUAGAGGAACAAUUUUUUUUUAACACUUAAGUAAAAUUUUACAGAAUGGAGAUAUAUUUCCUAAUAUGUAGCUCCUUAGGUAAUGAGUGCAAUUCCUCUCAUUCUUUAGGGUAACUAUACUAAGAAUGUUAAGCUAGGUAUCAGUGUCUUAGUAAUUUUUUGCCAAAAUCUAAGUGCCCCUUGGUGGUAAAUGUAAUUUUUGUUAUCUAGAGAAAUUGGCUACCAUUGUUUACUUAUAAUGAUGAGUAAGACAAGAGCAUAGUUCCUUAAUUUUGCAGGGCUUCCUGAAUAUGGUUUUAAGCAUGUUUAUUAAUUAAAAACAUAGGAAAUUUAUUGGUGAUUGUUACUGUGUAUUGUAUAAUUUUCCACUGGCAGUUGAAUUCAAAUGAAAUUCUUUGGCUGCAAAGAUAUUAUAGAUCAGUAAAUGGCAAGAUAUUGUUAUGUCUAAUUAAAGUGUUCAUCACAUUCACAUUUUUUUAGUGUGGUAAUCACAGAAAGCCAGUUUUAUCACUACAGUGCCAAAAAACUGGGGCAAAACCUUAAAGACCAUCAAGCCAGAAUUAUACAGAUUCAUGUUAGACUACAUGAAGAUCAGUUGUAUUAGAACUCAGUACUAUCAGUGAAAUCUUAACAGGUCAAUGUGUGUCAAAAUACAGUGAGAAAUCAUUGUUUUAAAUCACUUAGGUUACUGUGACUACAUUAUGUAGUCACAACAGCUUAUUGUUUUUUGUGUGUCUUUGCUUCAUUAGUUUAAGCAGGUCAGUAUUCCUAUUAAAAUGUGGUUGCAUUGCUUUACAACAAGGGGUCAUACAUCCCAGGUUAGAAUGCUGCCAUUGUAUUACUACCAGUAUUUAAUUACAACAGGUCACAGAGGGAUGCAGCUCCUAGUAAUGAUAAUAUUGGUAUAUUCUAUUCUCUGUUCAUAAAUCCUUUUUCCCUAUCAUAACUUACAAAUUUAGUUUUUAAGGAUGUUAAGAAGGCUCCAUCCCCCCCUCUUGUAUUUUUAAUUAUAUAAGGCUCUUUAUAUAAUUAAAGUACUAUCAAUUUGAGUCGGUCCAUAAAAUCAACAUUCAUACUUGACUGUAGGUAGCUUUUAUUUUUGUUAUAUACAGUAUAUAGAAUUUCAAAAUGUAUACUUUACUAUGUUAUGAGAUAACCACCACCACUUGUAUUUCAUUUUGUACUUCUUUUUUUAUAUGAAUAAUAGAAAGGUAAAGAAAUGUUGGUAUAAUUUUUGUUAAACUAUGAAAUAUGUGGAAACUAUGAAUAUCUUAAAUUAUGGAAUUAUUUGAAAAAUGAAGGUAGCUUGAACCAUAAACAUAAACCCUGUUUCUGCAGUGAUUAUAUUGAUCAAAAACCAUCUUUAUUACAAAAUGUUUGUCAGAAAGAAGUGUGUUAUCCAUGCAUGUGCCAUUUGGAUCUACAGGUGAGUUUUGGCCAGUAACUUCACUUUCAUAGAAAUCAAAAGUUAGGCAGCAAGAUUCAAGGACUGGGAUAAGGGCACUCACUAUAUAAUUAAUGGAGUUGUAUGGAAUAACUUUUUUACUGAAAUACUUUGUAUCACAAAGGUUCAAUUAAUCACAUACAGGUAAUUAAUCAUUAAUCCAACAUCAUUGGGACCAGUAGGGUGUCAGUGGCACUGAAACAAAUGCAAUUUAAGUUAUAUAUCUUUCAUAUUGUGAAAGUUCUAUUUUCCUAGCAGUGCUACACACAUGAAACAGCCAGUCAUUCUCUUUUGUCAGCUGAUGACCCUCCUCUCCCCAUUCCUGAAUUCCCUUUAAAAACAUCUACUUAUGUGCAUCUAGUUGUACAGAAGAAAAUGCUGUUUUAUUAAUUUUUCUAAAAAUAAAAGUUAUUGUAUUUUCGUCACUGAUUUUAGGUGUCUUAUAACUAUCAGGAACUAAGGGUUCUUUUUUUUCAUUUCCAUUGUUUUUCAUUAGGCGAUCUUAUGCUUUACCAUGUUGUAUCGAGAGUCUAACUUGUAAUCAACUCUCACUCUCUCAUUUACACAGCGUACAUUUAUUGUAAAUAACUAUAGUCAGAAGAAAAUUCUUUUGAAAGAGGGCUCAGUCUGCACGUGGUUCUUGCUCAGUACACAUCUCAGCUGAACUGUGACUGUGUCUUUGUGUGUUAUUUUUUAUUCAAGGACAAAGUCAUCAUGGCUUCCAAGUAGGCUAGUGAUACCAGCAGAGCUGACCCUGUUGUGGAGGGUAUUGUGUGUGUGGACAAGUUCAUGGGCUUGGAGAUCAUUGAUUAUGAUAUAGAGGGAUUAGUUUAGGCGCAUAAAGCAGCACUUACCACAGGAGACCUGCUGGACAUUCACAGGUAGCAGCAGCAGGCAACACCUGAGAAAUUGUCUCCAGAGUAGAGGUAGCAUGUCUUUAGUUCAUUAAUAAAUAUGUGCAAAAUGGGAUGAAGUGCAAAGUUUUGUUGAAAAAUAUCACCCUGACAAAGCUGAAGCAAGUUGUGUUAUAAAACUGAUGAUUGACAUUGCUAUCCCUCACUAAAAGAAUAUUUUAAAAUUCAGGCAAAAGAAAAAAACAACAAAGGACAUCAUUGGACAGGUUUUUAGUGAGAAAGAAACAGUAAAUCUCAAGAAGACAUACGUAGAAAAAGUCAGACGCACAGUUGUUACCCAUUUCAAGAAAAGUGGACUCCCCUUCCAAAUAAUAACAUAUAUCUUCAUGUUUCUCACCACUUACCAAACACACCAUCAACUCUUCCAAUGAUGGGUAAAAUGGGAACAAAUGUGCAUUUAUUGCAUGUAUUUACUUUGCAAUUUUUUUUGCUUAAUUUUUGCAUGUUAGGCUUGUUAUGUUUGAGUUAAAAUGCAUUUGCUUGUAUAUUUGGAGAUCUAGAACAGAUUAAUCCAAUUCCCAUGAUUCCUUAUGGGAAAAUUUAACUCUGUCUAAGGUUUGACUGUGUUGUAAUUUUGUUCCUGACUUCAGGUAUAUUUUAACAGUCAUUAACUAGAAUUUCUUUUUUCAUUUCCAUUGUUUUACAUCAGCUGAUCUUGCUGGUUACCAUUAAGUAUUGAGUAUGUACAUAUGCACAUCCUUUCAAGUGUAUUUUACCAAUCAGCUGUUGGUACUUGUUUCUUUAUCUUUUGUUUCCAUCCAUUGUUGUCAGUCAGCUGAUCUUGCUGUGAACUGCUAUCAAGCUAUCUAGAAUAUUCACAUCUCUCAACACCCUCACUCACAUGUAGCCUAGCCCACCUCACUAGAACUCAAUCUAGUUUGAAACCUUUUCCAUUCUUCUUGCUUUCUGUGUAUACAUUGUUUCCUUGAAUCAUGAUUUUGAUAUAAUUAAAAGACAUAGAGCCAAUGCUUUAUAAUAAAAUUCACAAGCUUCUCACAGGCACAUGCUAUCAAUUUUUUUCAGAAGUUCAACCUUGUCUUUAGCAGGCAACAUACAGUGCUUAAGCUUCACAUUUGAAGUAUUUCCUUUUUAAUUAGAGCCAUGGCUAUCGGCUAAAAGUGAGCAGGUUAUAAUGAAUGAAGAAAAACAAAGGGUUUGAUUGGGUUACAAUGAUGCCAAAAUUUUUCAUGCGACGGUAACCUGACAAAAUUCAUACAGUAAGUAGCACCAGCAAAAAAGGCUCCAACUCAUUGACUUACCCAGGAUCUGGGCCUGUUGAUCAACUUCCCGAAAUUGCAGUUAGUCCCGAGUCAGUUGCUUCUUAAUUUAGGGAUGAGGAUCGACUCUUGGGCUUUUCCAUCCCUGAAAAGGAUGCUUUCUUGCCUCCAGAUGGUUCGGAAAUUCCUCGCUUUCCAGCCCUGCUCCGCAAAGUAAUGGAUGAGUUUUCUGAGCAUUAUUUUGUGAUAGAGAAGUUCAUUUCUUUAAUAAGACUUCAUUCGAGGCCUUUCCAUUUCCACCUAAAGGCCAGCUGGUGCAGGAAGACUCUCCCGGACUCUUUUGUCUUCCUGAUCAGUGCCGAGGUCAAGGAAGAUCUUUGGUGGUGGCUCGUAGAAGGGAGAUUUUCAGUCAGGAAGUCACUGCUCUCAUUGAGCCCAAACCUCUUCUUGUUCUCCAACGCUUCAAAUCUGGGAUGGGGAGCACAUCUUCAAGAGUUGGAAGUCACAGGGAUGUGGCCUCAAGAGAAGAGGCUCCACAUCAAUAUCAAGGCUGUGCAUCUGGCCCUGCAAAGUUUUGUGUCGAUAAAGUACGACAAGACCAUCGUUGUACACUCCAACAACGUGACAGCCCUGACCUACAUAAAGAAUCAGGAAGGUACAUAUUCAUUCUCCCUUUGCAAGGCGGCCAAGGACCUUCUGCUUUGGGCCCAAUCAAUCCUUACAAAGAUCAUCAACUGCUUCAUUCAAGGCAGGCUAAAUGUCAUAGUGGAGGAAUUGAGCCAUUGCAAACAGGUUCUACCGACAGUAUGGACUGAAUCCACAGGGGUGCACUGACUUAGGAAUCAGUGGGGAAAGCUGUUGACAGUAUGUGAUGUCGAAGAAUCACCAUCUUCCCUUGUUCUGCUCACCUGUUCUGGACCCUCUGGCAUGGGCAACGGAUGUGAUAAUCCAGGACUAGUCCAACCUGGAUGUUUAUGUCUUCCCUCCAUUCAGCAUGGUGAGGGGAGUCAUCAACAAGUUCCAGUCUCAUGUCAAUGUCACCAUGACCUUCAUAGCUCCGUUUUGGCCACAGAAGGAGUGGUUUUUUGAUCUUGGACUUCUAAUAGACUUCCCCAGACUACUUCCACAUCAACAAAGUUUACUCAAGCAGCUACACUUCCAUCAGUUUCAUUGAAGUUUGUUUUCUCUCGCUCUGAUAGGCUUCAGACUGUCAGGAAGCUUGUCAGAGCGAAACGAUUUUCAAAAGCAGCUGCAGAAGCUAUUGCUAAUUGCAGACUGCAAUCCUCUUUCAGAGUAUAUGUACCAGGCUAAGUGGUCAGUCUUCCACUCCUGGUGCUGAGGGUGUAAUAUCUCGUCUUCUAAGACCUCUCUGAUGCAGAUAGCAGACUUUUUACUCUUUCUAAGAUCUUCUAAGGGCCUAGCAAUGUCAACAAAUGAGGCUAUGGAGCUAUGUUGAACUCUGUGUUUGGGCAUAGAGGCCUAAAUUUAGCGGAGAGUCAGAUUAUUAGCGACUUAAUUAAGACAUUCAGUAAUUUGAAACAAGCCAUGACUACUACAGUGUCGUGGAACCUAGACGUAGUCCUUUGUUGGCGCUUUUAGGUUCCUUUUUGAGGCCAUUCAUUUUUCUUCUUGAGAGAUUUGACAAAGCUGUGGGACAAAGUAGCUGAGAAUCUGGUGAUUAAUGCUAAAAAUGAGGAAGACCUACAGAGAAGGGUUGGAGAAUGGCUGGAGUCUUUAGAGAGGGGUGGCUUAAAGGUGAAUGUGAAUAAAACAAAGUUUUGGUGAGCUGUAGGGAAGACAGAAUCAGAAUAAUAAUGCAAGAAAGAAGAGGCUCGAUUAUAAAACAGGUGGAAAAGUUUAAAUUCUUAGGAUCUACUUUAAGCCAAGAGGGCGGAUGUGAGGCUGAAGUUGACAGUCGGAUAAAAGCUGCGUGGGGGAAGUGGAGAGAGGUAGCGGGAGUAGUAUAUGAUAAGAAAAGGCCAAUCAAGCCAAAAGCCAAGAUCUAUAGCACAGUGAUGAGACCAGUGUUAAUUUAUGGAUCGGAAAUUUGGGCUCUAAGAAGAAAAGAGGAGGUAAAGCUUGAGAGAACAGAGAUGAAAAUGCUGAGGUGGAUUAUGGGAAUAUCACUGCUUGAGAGAUUGAAAAAUGACAAAAUAACAAGGGCAGGCAGGCUUAGUAAAGAUUACAGAGGUAAUAAGUCACGAUUGAGGUGGUAUGGGCAUGUGUUGAGGAUGGGUGACAAGGGGGGAGUGAAGAGAGCUAGGAAGGAACCUGUUAGAGGAAGAAGAUCGAGAGGAAGACAGAGAAUUAGAUGGCGAGGUAAAGUGAAGGAAGAUAUGGAGUGAAGAGGUUUGGUGGAGGAUGAUGCCUCUGAUAGAGGGCAGUGGAGAAGGCAUAUCAGGCAACCGACCCCUUAAUGUAGGGAUAACGGUGGGAAAGAAAACUACUUUUUUAUUACUUUGGCCACUGCCCAAAACAGUUAGCGAGUUACAAGCUCUAGACAGACAUGUUUACUCUAGGUUUCUUAACAAAGAAUGAAACCCCAUCUAAUCCCUGGCCUCGUUGUUUUGCCAUCAAGAAUUUGACUAGUAUUCUUGGGCUGUCAGAUCAAGGGGAGCUUUGAAGUGUUACCUGGAGAGGACUAAGAUGAUCAGAGGUUCUUCUCAUAACCUCUGAUAUUCGGUGAAGAACCCCUUACGCCCUUUAUCCAAGAAUGCUCUUUCCUUUUUCUUUAGAGAAGUUAUCUCUGAGGCACACAAGGGCAUUCCGGAGGAUCUUUUACCCUUGUUUAAGGUUAACGCCCAUUAGGUUAAAGCAAUGCCUACCUCAUUGGCAAUGACGCUUUCCAUGAUUCUCCAAUCUACUUAUUGGAAAUGUAGAUCUGUGUUUGCGUCACAUUAUUUACGAGAUGUGGAAGCAGUGUAUGAAAACUAGUACGUUAGAACCGUUUUCCUUAGCUGGCAUGGUAUUGUGAGGAAGGAUAGGAGUAUAUCUUCUGUUUCUCUAUCUCUUCACCUUGAUUAAGUUGAUCGAGCUAUGGGAAGCCUUGGGGGAGUCACAGUGUACCUGGAGUACCCACCAGUCAUUGUCUCUCUGUAUGGUUGUUUUUUGGUUUCUAUGGGAAGUGUAGGUAACUUCUAUCUCCGGUUAGUUUAUUGUUGUGCGCCCGGGGUAAGGGCAUUUCUUUGAUUUGAUGCUUUGUUACAAAGCCCCACUAAAGUAGAGGCAGCUCUCGGCUUUACUGCUGCACCACUACAGGUCAAGAUGAUCAAUGACCAGAGGCAGUAUCCUCCUGCUGUAGCUCUUUCACUAGGUAAGGUUACAACAAGCAUUUCACUAAUUUUGGCUAAUUUUCUGUGUAAAAAUGCCUCUCCAUUACCAAGUGUUACUGAAUAGUUUUAGUCCAUGUUUCCCAUCCCCUGUUAAUGUGGGAAUCGGCAAUUUUUAUAGAGUGCGUUUUAGCCAGAUAUGAUAUAACGUAACUUGGUUUAGCAUAUGUUUAAUGGAAUUUGCCUCUGGCUGUUCCAUUCGCCAUCCCGAAAAGGCAUCUUACGUUAAAAAAUAAUAACUAUCCCAUUUCGAAUAUUAACGGUGUAAUUUGCAUACAGUAAAUUAUUAAAACACUUUUAAGUUGCAAAUGUACACCCAGAUAUUUUUUUAUUUACCUAAAACUUUCACAUAGCAUAACUAUUUAAAGCACAGGAUGUUUUAAAUAGUGAUUAGUAGUAGGUACUAACAGCAAUGUAAUUAUUUGGUAAGUAUAUAUAAAAUUUUAUUUUAUGUCAUGUUCAUGUCUCAUCUGUUUGCCUGUCACAGUUUAAAGUUAGUGCACACAGAAAGCAAUUUUUUCUCUUGAUAUUUUCUUAAAACUUUUAGGUUCAUAUCUCAAAAAAUUCGGUGAAACUGAUGGUUUAAAGUUUAAUAGCUAGAGUUUAAUUUAUUGUUAUAAAAGUAUUUUGACUGCAAAAUUUUGUCAAAAUAAUUAAUUGUUGCAAACAGUACCAGUGGACUGAAUAUGUGAAAAUCUGAAUUGAAUCCUUUUAACCAUAAGGUCAGAGAACCAACAUAUUAAAUAAUGGAGCCUUACGGCAUUUGCCCGUACCUGAAUGUAAAACAGAAAAUAAAAUUACGACAGAAAAUAACAGAAAAGAAACUGAUUGCUUAUGCUGGGAAAGUAAGCCUUGAAAAAGUAAUUUUGUAUAGUAAAUACUAAUGCCUAUUUAUCAGCAAAAUAUAACCUAGAAAAUGUUAACAAAAUAAAUACAGUAGUAAUUAAUUAAGAGUCACACAAAACUCAUGAAUAAUAGACCAUAAUGAAGCAGAAACUGCAUCUAACAGAGCUGGUGAUCUUGGUGAGUUGAAAGUACCUGAUAUAAGAAAGAAAUCACCCCUCUAAUCACAUACUAAAAGCACUAUCAUAAAAAAAGGAUGUAGAUAUAUGGUGAUUAAUAUGGACAAUGGAAAAAUAGUUGGUAAUCAGUGCUGGUAGAGUGGCCCCUCUAUAAAUAAAACACAUAGGGAACAAGAGUAGAGCUGUUAAGAGCAUCACAGCUUAGCAGAUGGUAAGGUUAUUGGCUGAUGCUCACCUGUGGAUCCAGGUAAUGUGGGGAGAAACUACCUUCUGUUUGGUAAACAAAAGACUGGUAAACUUUCAGGAAUUGAAUAUGGGCAUAAUAUAGGGUUAUGAAUUGCUCUUUUUUUUAUGAUCAGUAAAAUGUCACCCACAUUUGAAAGUGAGGUGUUAUUGAAAAAUAAUCUUUGUUUUGGAGUUCAAGAAAAUUAUACCUUCAAAUUACUUUUUCCUCUUUUACUAGAAGCUUAUAUAUUUUUUACAUCUUUUCAACCAAAGCUUUUUUUACAUUUACACUAAGAGUUAUAUUUUAACACUUAGCAGUAAGGUUAUAUAUUAAGUAACAUAUUUGCUAAGUAACAUAUUUGCAAGUCUCUCAAGGUUUGGCUUGGGGAGUUCUGAUAUCUAUAUUUUACCAUUGAAAAGGGACCAUUGAGGAUCACCAUUUCCAUUGAUUUUCCCUUAUAAAAAGUAUGUAAAACUUGAGGUAUUGUAUGAAAGUACCCAUUAUGUUGUGUUUUUGGAAUGUAUUUUAAAGUUAUUUUUUCUGUAAUUAGUUUUCCAUGAUACUUGUAGAAUUUUAACUCCAAGAAGAGUGAAGUGGAUAAUUGGAAGGUCAGGCACAGUAUUAAACAAUUUUUCCUUUUCAUUAGCUGCAUAUUUUAUAGGGCAGAUUAAACUCUUUUCUUUAAGGUUUAUACAAUAUGCUUACUACAUACAUUAAUACAAUUGUUUUUUACUUAUAACAUAUCAAAUAAUAUAGUAGUAUUAUACAAUAUUAAGGAUUCCACAAAUUUAACUGUAAGCUUUGAAUGCAUCCAUAAGUAUCAAGUGAAAUUUGAGCUUGUUCAAGUAAUUAGCUUUUGUAAAAUAUUAUGAAAGGAACUGCUCGUCCUUUUCACCAUACAGCUGCAUUUAAUGCAUUUCUUCAUGUCAUUGUUUGUGGUUAAAUUAACUUGACCAGGUUUAUCAACUAAAUUUUUUACCAUAGUCUUUUUGUUGGAUUAGUCAAGAGUGGGGUCUGCUUAGAACAGUAGGCCUUCACUACCGUCCAGAUGGCAUUCAUUUAUAUUUCAGUAUAAAUGCUUGUUGAAUAUAGCAUACUGAAAAAGCAGCUAUUAUUAUUAAGAGGGAGAAUAUGUAUGAUAGAAAUAUAAUUUACUAGGUAUGGUAACACUGGCAUACGGGAUGUCAUGUUUUGGGAAUUUUGGAGUUAUCAAAAAUUAUGUCAGGUGUAAAAUAAGAGGGCAUACAACCAUUUAAAAGUGAUGAUCAUGGGGUUUAAUAUUUUUUUUAACUAAAAGUAGAAGUAAUGCAGUAGACAUAAAUGUAAUUACUUUAGUAAUUUUAGUGAAUUACAGCACUUGGUUAGACAAAUACUAAAAUACUUUUUUAUUGGUUUUUGCAGUAGGUGCUAAUACUAUUUAGCUUUUCUCCUUUAUGAAACACAGUUUCACAAAUGCCUCCAGACUGUCGUGUGGAAACAAGAAUCGUACAAGAGUUGGUUUCAUUGUCUGAUAAAACUAGUAGUAAUUAUUCAUAAUUCCUUACUUGUAGAUAAAUUAAGACUGUGAAUAAGUUCCUUUAUUCUAGGGAAAUAUUGCUUUGAGUAUACUACACUAUGGCUUUUACAAAGCUUAAUAUUUGGAGUACAUCUUUGUGACAAUGAAAAUCUAAAGCUAUUAAAAACUUUGUGCUGUUUCUUAUUAGUUGAAUUUUAGUGUCUGGGUACUAGCGUACCUUUUAUCUGUUUCAAAAAUAAAGUUCCUCAGGGGUGAAGUUAGAAUUUUAUUAUAUUACAAACAAAAAAGGACAGUUCCCAUUUUCUUUAGAUCAUAAGUAGUUAUUUUAUGUUUGGUUAUGAGCUUAAAAUUGCAGCCAACUUAAAUGGUCAUAAAAUUGCUUACCCUUUUAGGGAAGUUAUACACUGUUAAGAGAAAAUUCAUCAGUGUUGAUAUGGAAAUGAGGAAAAUGGCACCUUGGAUAUUCAAGGCUGAUAUUUGAAGAGGUAGUGUUAGUUUUUUUUUUCUUGAAGUGACAGUUACUUAUACAGCACUGUAUUGCAACCUAAAGAAAUUGGCAUAAUAGUUAUAAGGAUAUUUUGCAUACAGCCUUUGCAGAAAGGUUAGUUAAUAGUACUCUGUAGUUCCGUAUAUGCUAAGGGUGUAGCUAUUUUAUAAAAAUGUGGCCUUUUUGAUCAAUUUGUUGAAUUUGAAGCACUUUAAGCCUCUUUUGUUACUACUGGUGUGUCAUGUGUUACCAGUAUAAUAAGGGCAAUAAUGCAUGGUUAAUUGGAGCAAAAAUACAAAAUACUUCUGUAUGGUAAUGAAGGUUGUUAAAAGUUAUUGUAGGGUUAAAAUACUACCAUGAAAGGUUGUAAACUAAAGGACCUUUCUAAAAAAAGUGUAAAUUAGUACUAUGUGAAUUAUUGUUAAAUUUGUAAGUGUGGGGAUAGUUGUGCUGUUAAAAAGUUCAAUAGUCGCAGAAAAAAUUAUCAGUACUAAAUAUAAUUUUAUGAAAGUUAAUUUGUAUAAGGUGCACUAUGGCAUCAGGAGUUACUUUUUCUUAUAUAGGUACAGUAGUUGAAAGUUUAAAACUGGAAUUAUAUUUUUUAAUAUUUUUGGUAACAAUCUGAAUGAAUGCUAUAAAAGAUUUGUAAAUAUCAAAUUAUUAUUUGUAUUAUUUUUCCAGAUUGGCAGCUUUUUCAAAUAAGUUUUAAUUAUCCAUUCAUAUGAAAUAAAAAUUACAUGGUAGUUUUCAAAUGUAUAUGUAUCAUGUCACUGUGAAGAAUAUAGUAUAAAUAGCUACUUAAUUUUAGGCAUUGAUCUUGUAUGGGUCAUCAAUAGUCCACUACACUGGCUGUCUAGUAGAUAUAAGUAGAAUUAAUCAACUUAGAAAAAAUGUGAGAAAUUUUAAUUUGAUUUUUGUUGAAGUUACUUUGUGAUGCUUUUCAAGUCCAUUCUAAAUGAAUUGUCAGGGAGGCUGAAGUUGAAUAGUGGACAUCUUGUAUAUAUAGAUGUAGAUCACAUCAGAAAGUAUUAACUGUUUUUUAUGACAAACUGCCUCUUAAAGAAUUUUGGAAGCCCAGCCAAAAAGACAUUGAAGUACAGUAUUUGUAUUUUUAUUUGCAUAAUUGCAAUAACAGAAAUUGAAUGAAGUACUUAAACGAGUGCAAAGUUUUCUGAUGGGAAGUAUUCAACUUAAAGUUGUCAAAGUAACAGAUUUUGCAGCAUAAACUUUUCAAAGUAACAGAUUUUACUGCAUGAUAAUACAAACUUCUGGACUGUGUUUAUGUGAAAGUUUGGCUGUAGCAUUUCACAAAAUUCUGGACUGUGUUUAUGUGGAAGCUUGGCUGUAGAGUUUCACAAAAUUUUAUAUAUAAUUGUUAAGCUGGUCUUUCAAGUCCUUGAAUACUUUCAGCAGCAUUUGGUACACCUUAACACCCCCGUAAAUUCAUGAUACAGUACUAUUUAUCUACUGGAUUGUCAUGAUUGAAUGUGCUCCAGUUACUAUUAUUACAAGCUGUUCUGUUACCAUCUGAGUUUACAUAUUGUUAAAUAGCAGGUUUGGCAAGUUCCUAGGGUGAUGCCUAAAGCCUAUUACUGAUGUUUUUGUUGUGUGUACAUCCUAUCUAAUGAUGCUCUACAAAUUCAGCUACAAGUAAAACUGUAAAAUUGUUAGAAUGAGCUGUUUUCUGAAAAUGAAUAUUAUCGUCUUCAUUUUUGUAAAAGGUGGGUUGCAAGAAGAAUUGUGAAAUUUGAUUUGUAUCCAAAGGGGUGAAUUUCUAUGAACAGUAUUGUUUUUUUUAUAUUUUUUCAUACUCCUUUAAGGUAAAAACGUCUUAUUCUUUUAUAAUGAUCUGUAUCAUUAAACAUUAUCUAUUUAAUGACUCAUGAUCCGAGUUUUGAGCCUCCAAUGCAGUUACAGUAUUAAAAAAGUUAAGUCAAUGACAUCACUUGAUGGGUUUUGUGGAAAUGAAGUUAGCAGAUUUCAUUUUGCAUAUCACAGUUGAUGGAGUAAAAGUACUGUAGAUGAUAUGAGGCUUUUAACUGUAACAUUUGGAUAGACUUGCACAAAAUAUCUGCAGUUUGCUCAUGAAGUAAAAAUUCAAAAGGUUAUUUUUAUUGUGCAGCUCAGCACAGUUUACUUUACCAUGCUUUCAAACUAUUAUAAAUGCCAUAGUACAGGCAGUCCCCGGUUAUCGGCGGACUCUGUGAAUGGCGAUCCGGUUUUAUGGCGCCAUAAUGGGCAGAGUUUCAGUUAUCGUUGCCAUAAGAUGCCAAUAAUAGAGUUAUGGUGCCAUAACAUACCUAAUGGAGAUGCCAUUAACCGAAACACCGCACCAUAAAUUGCGAGUUUCAGUUGAUGGCGGUUUUCGCUUAUCAGCACCCCACCAAGAACGGAACCCCACCGAUAACUGGGGGCUGCCUGUAGUGUGAUUCUCUCAUUUUGAAUAAUUGAUAAGUACUUUAUUUCAAGAGCAACAAUGUUAAGAUUUGCUUUCUUUAUUCUGUUCUUUAAAUUUACUACCAUAUUAACUAGCUGAUAUACUUUUGUGUGAAUCCAAAUUUAUAUAUGAGACAUUUGCAUCUUGCUUAUAUGCUGUAUGAUAGUGCCUGCCGUACUAAUGCUUUUGUCACAUUUCAAAGUUAUUAGUGUAGAAUUAUUGGAAUACUAGAUGAUAAUGUACAUAGCUUAGAAUUCUGACCUAUUCAUAUAUAUUCUUUUAUCCAUAGAUUUAUCUGAGAGCUUUAAUUUUGAAAUUUAAUUUUGCAUUCCCACUUGCAAAUGAAAUUCAUGAUUUUUGUUCAUAAUUCUUUACAGUCAUUAUUUGUGCUUUGUAAUUUUGAGAGGAUUGUUGCCACUCAUUAUACACUGAGUUUGUGUGAUAACUACAGUAUUUGAUUUUUUAAUGGUAUUAGAAAUAUUAAAUGACAGUCCAGUGGAUUCAAUAAAGAAAUAAAUUUGAUGUAGAGUUACAAAUGCUUGUACUUUAAAUGCAAAGAAAUUUCUUUUUUCGUUCACAAUUUUUUUUCUGUUUUAUGUUUGAGAAAUUGAAUUUGAUUUAUUCUUCGUGAACAGAUUUAAUAUUGGAAAGUAGACUGUGUUUAUGUUCCAGUAAGUGAAAUUUCAGACUUUUACUUCAAGAGAUCUGUAUGAAACAACUUUGUAUGAAAUUAGGUAAGGUAUUUGUAAGUACAAGAAACUGCAUUAUUAAACAUUUUUUUUAAUAAUGACUAAAGUUAAGCUUAAAGUUCAAGGACAUAGUCUUCCUAUGAAAUGGCUGAAGGAAGAAAGGAAUAGAAUGAAGUUACUGGAAUGCUAUGUUGCAAUAUUUAACUAGUCGUUGUGAGGCGAGCGAUGGCUCUGGAAAGCUGUGAAUCAUGAGCAUGUACUUACACCAAAUAUAUAACUAUAAGAUUAGCAUUCCAUUCAUAUCGGUUAAGUGCAAGGCAAUUUUAGAGAUGUGGAGUAUGUUUCAAAUGUGACUGAGGCAGUGAUGGAUGAUGUCAUAUCAAAUAUGACUGCACCUUGUAUUGCCACAAAUUCAGUCCUAAUAUAUAUUUUUUAAUUUCUUUUCUCAUUAAUCAGAGAUGGGACGCAUUGAUGGGUGAGGUUUUCUUGAAUAUGACUGCAUCUUAGAUUCCCAGAAAUUGUCUUAAUAUAUAUUUUUUCACUUCUCAUUAAACAGAGAGAUGUGAGGCAAUGACAGAUGAAGUUAUCUUGAAUGUCACCGCAUCUUAGAUUGUCAAAUUCAGUCUUAAUAUUAAUAUGUUCUCCCUCUACCUUUCUAUACUCAGAGGGAUGUAAAAGUGUAAUAAAUAAUUAUUGGUAUUCUUUGCCUAGUUAUUUUUAUUAUAAAAGGAUUAGAUUACCCAGACCUCUGAGCCUAAUAAAGGCUCUUCUUGUUCUUUGCCUAGUAGGUAUCAGGAACUUGUAAUACUGGAUUCUUUAAUAUUUAAUUGUUCCAAUACAUAUACAAACCCUCGGUCUUUACAUAUGGGGUUUACUUUCAGUGCAAGCUAGAACCGGCCAUUUAACUAAAAUCAAGGAGGUUAUUGAUGGUUGGGUACCAACGCUAGGGGAGGGAGCUCUGCCAUCCAUUUGGUACACAUUCAUUUUUCCUUUUGACUGUAGUACUUGUCUCUUCUGCUGCCUGCUGUUCAACUUAAUUCUUCUCCAUUCUUUUCAUAUUUUAGUAUAAUUGUUGUAUUGAGAUAUUUUGAGAAUUACUGGAAUCCUACAACAAGUUCUACUCUGUUCAAUCUUACGUGUUCUAUUCUGUUUACACAUAGUUUUCUUUGCUCUUUCUUCCUGCAUAGUUGUUCAUAGUUAUAAUUUGUUUUAGCUCGUAUGAGCCUUUCUCUUUGAUAUUCUCUCUAACUUGUUUUACCUUUGAUAUAAUGCAAACCUAACUCUUGUCUUAGCCAUGGUGUUUCUUUUAUUCGUCUUUUGCCUUUCUCCCAUCCAAAGGGGAAGGCCUGCCUCUUGCCUCCAAUACAUUUUUAGACACCUUUUCAACCUUGUUUUACCGAACAUCCUUGUUCUAAAACUUUUCUCUGUUUGUUCAUAUUUUCUCUCUGAAACAAGCAGGGAUUUUUAUUUCAGCUACACAAUUACAUGGAUUGUUGUAGUGUUUUAGUUUUUCAGAUGCUGUAGAGCUUGAGAGGCUUGAGAUGGAGGUGGGUUCUCUUGCUACGGUGGUGUAGUGUCAUAACCCAUUGUACAAGAGCCACUGUUUGCCUUCGAGCAUGGAAUCCCCUCUCGCCUAGUACGAGGAGGAAGCAGAGAUUGAUGUUGCAGGACCCUUUGACAGAGUAUACCGGAUCCGGCAAGUUGUCUCCAUGACCCAGUAGGUGUACCUGUCCCAGUUCCUGUUUAUGGUUGAUGCUCAAUCCUGGGAGGAGGUGGGGUGUGGAGUGGAGUGGAGUUGGGCAUUCCUACUCUCCCUCCCCCUCCUCUGGAUGAUGAGGAGUCCUGGGACUGCUAUUCUUGAAGUUUUUCAUUGCCGCCUUUACAUCCGUAGUCGUCGUAUGCUGUUUCGCAGUCUUUCAUCUUCUGCCUUGUCCUUUCAAGAGACGUUUGAUAGGCCAUUGCCCUAAGGAGGGAUACACAGUAUUGUAGAAAGACAACACACCAUUGUAAAGACAGCCAACAGCUGCAUUUAGCCAGUCGACCUCAGUUCAUGGGUGUGUGAACGUUGUUGCAGUGUUCGUAGGUUCAAGAGCUACUUCACCCCUCCAUGCAUUCGACGUUGGAUAUGCAAUAGAAGUUGAGCCUUCACCUUUAUCUUUUGCUGUAGGCCAUGGCUGCCUCUUCCCCGGUUGUACCUCCUUGAACGUGUCUCCCGUCAAUGCAGCUCCUGCCCAGAUUGUUUUUUUCCCCUUCCUUCCGUUGUCCUGCAGAUUGUGACCAAACAUAUUUUUAGUGCUAGAACGAGAGUUCCUAACGUUCUUGUGCUUUCUCUUCCCUACAAAUCUCCAGGAACAAUCGCAGGUUGCUGUUUUCAACGAUGACACCACAGUAUUCCAGACAUAUCUAACUGAAGAUAGGCUCUCCAAGGAAAGGAGAAUACACUGCCAUGCAAUGUUGCACGCUUGUUUCUUUGGUAUCAUGUUGUAAGACUGAGGAGGAAGAGAGAUGGCCUGGGGUAGAAGUAAGCUUUGCUAUUGACAUGUCCAAUCAGCGGAGCAAUGUUGCAUGGCCUUGACUUUAUGACGUUGCUGCAAUUUGUCGAAUGUCUUUAGCUGAAGGUUUGCUUUCCAAAGAAGUGCAACUGCACAAAUGUUGCACAGCUGUGUCCUCUCUUACAAGUGUUUCAUAACCAAAAAACAACUCUACUUGAUUGUUUUUGUUGAUUUUAUCCCCUCAUUAUGUGCUCCCCUGUUUAUAGACAAAGACUUGGAGCCUCUUCUACUUAGCCUGAGUGUGUCAAGUAUAUAUGAAUGCUUCUUCAUCCCUGCACAUUCUUGCUCGGAAAUUACCACAGCAUGGCAUGUCCGGGGCCCAGCCCCCAACCAUGUUCACGUGGAGGUUUAGAGGAAAAAUGGGAUGGCUCUUCUGAAAGUUUUUCCCCACAUUCAUGGGAAGGUUACAUUGUGGAUGGAUCACUCUUCAGAGGAUGUUUCCUGUUACCACGAUUGUGUGGACAGUUAGCUGACACAUCUGUGAGACGUUUAUCACAGCCACCCUCAUUCACGUUGUUGUGAACAGGACCAUCGACUUUUCCAUGGCACUGCUCCCUAUGCUCAUGUUCGUCAUAUUGCAGCAAUCUUCUUGGAGUGGCUAAUGUUUGUUUUCUGGUAUUGACUACAUCUGAAUGAACAGGAUCGUUCCAGAAUCGUUCUUCCACACCUUUACAGCCAUCAUUGCUAUAGUUAACGACCGUUCUUGACCAUAUUUAUCCGCAGGUACUUCAAUAUUCUAUGGGUAGGCUAGGAAUAUUUGUUAAGUUGCUCCUCCUCAACUUUUGUACUUGAAUCUCUUCCAGAGCUGGGGUAGUUCCAGCUUUGAUAGCACUGGUUUCUUCGAAUCCCCAUACAUGUCUGACUGCAGUUUAAGUUUAUGUAGACCUUAUGGAUGGCUGUGCCUCUGACAGGCCACAUGGCCAUUCGUCUUUGGGUGUUGUGUUGAUAACCAACUUCCAGCUUCCUGAAAGCGUGCAGUUGCAGUGUCUUCUUCUGCAGGUGCUCUUCAUUGGAUGAAGAUUGAGGCCACAGCCAUGAAGAAGAUGGACUGGAGGCCCUAGUGAAACAACACUGCUUCUGAAGGGUAGCCCUGGCCGCCCUUGCGUGAUUGAGACCAUUCCAUUUGGGUAAGAGAUGAUCCCUGGCUGGGUUUGCUUCUCUCGUAGCAGCAUUCUUCACGGUUGUGUAAAUGUGACCGUUCUCCAGGACUUGUAAGGGUAUCAUCUCAUUUUUCCAUUUUGCACAAAUCAUCUGCAGCCUUCUUCUAUUGUCGAGUCUUUGGAUUGGCUCAAAAGUAUACUACGCCUCCCUCUCUGGUUCCCUCAACCCCCCUUGAUGACUCAGUUGUAAAGUCGACUGGAUUCAUUGGAAGUUAUGGUGUCAAUGUUCAAGACUUGUCAGUUCUGAUUCGUGUAUGGGUAUACAGUGGGGCCCCCGUAUUCGCUUUCUCCAGAUUCGCAGAUUUCUCUCUGGAACGUAUCCCCCCCAUGAUUUGUAGGAAAUUCACCUAUUCCCUGUAUUUUUCUGUGAGAAAUAUCCACAAACUCCUGUUUUUUUAUCAAUUUCAUAAAAUGCACUUUUUGUGAUAAAACUCUUAAAAAAGCCAGGUAUAAACAUUUUUAGUGACUUUUUCUUGAGUUUUAAGUAACAAAAUAGGCUGUUUUAACUGUUUUUAUAGGGGGUUCCAACUAUUCGUUGGGGGGGUCUGGUACACAUUCGUGGGUGGGGUCUGGUACGCAUCCCCCGCGAAUAUGGGGGAGACCACUGUAUACAGGGAACCAGGUGUACCAGGUAGAAACAUCAGCGGCAUGUGUACAAUCAAGUUUUGCAAUAUAUUUGAGAGAUGUCAAUGAAGUUCUUCGGUCCCUUUUAGACCACAGAAGUAAUUGAAGUUGUCCCUUUCAAAAAUCCCCUUCCUUUCCCAUGAGAGGAAGGGAUAAAAUGCUAAGACGGCUUUCCUCCCCACUUGUAGCCGAUGGCGGGGAGUGUCCGUAGCCUUAAACUCAUAUUACAGUGGCUGAAACCCGGAUAGUAGUCAUCCUUCGGUAGGAUCAUUCCAGUUUGCUAAAGAAUCCCUGUGAAGAAAUUGAAGGCGAUGCUAAAUGAAUUCACUGUGGAAAUCGUAACAGUCCGGGUCCCGAUUUCUUCAGCUGUCCUUCUCUCGAAGAGAAAGUGAUGGGCAAUUGGAAACCAGUCAUAGAUAUUUUUUCUCUGACCCGUUUCAACAGACUGCUCAAGAAAUGACUUGCUCUAUACUUGCAACCAUUAGGGAGUUUGACUUGAUUCCUUCGUUGGAUUUGAGGGACAAGUAUUUCCAGUACUAUUCACCUGUCAGUUCUACCGCAAGUCUCUCUGCUUCAUUUCCCAGGGAGACUUCAUACCCCUUCAGAGCAGAUGGUUUCAUGCCUAUCCCUGUUGUGAGCUUUCAACCUCUCCCCAAGUAUUCACAUGACUUCUCACCUUGGCUUUGACUAGGGCACAUUCAUUCAUGGUACAUCUCCUGAUGUAUAUCGAUGAUCAAUUGGUCCUGGCGAGCUCUCAUUCACAGCAUCUCUAGGACAAGACCAACUUCUCUGAUUUGGCCACAGCCUGUGACUUGUAUGGCCCUGAGAAGUCCAAACUCUCACCCAAGCAAGACCAAGGCUAACAGAUACAGCAGCGAGGUUGUCACUGGGGAGGCUGAUUCUUCAUGCACUGCUUCUUCAUUCCUUUCAAUGUAUAUAUUGAAGGAGUUCCUGGUCUUCGACAAGCGACUCCCUGUUCCUUCCCUUCCUCUCUCAGAGAAAGAGGGACAGGACUCAGCCUAAUGGUUAGAUGACAGGUAUCUCCUUUGGGGUGUCGUUUCACGCUUCCCCUCCAGAGAUACUUCAUGUCUCAAGGUAUCAACCAGUAUGGCAGUUACCUGCACUUCAGUAGGUUAGGUUGGGUACAUGACUAACCUAGCCUAGCCUAACCUAACCUGCACUUCAAUAUCCUAGAACUUCUUACCUCUUCAAAGCCUCAGGAUCUGAGGAUAUGUACUCUGUGAUGUUGAUAAGCAGUGGGACCAGGGUAGUCCAAUAGUCAAAAAGAAAAGGGUGCAGGUGCAUGGUUGGACAGUAGCACACUCAGCACAGCUGUCAACCAGACACAUUCCAGGCAAGAUGGAUGUAAUGACACAAGUUUGGUCACUAGGAUUGGUGUUAGUGACAGUUGGUCUCGACACCUCAGCAUCCCAGAAGAUUGUUCAACCCUAGAAGAUGGGCAAAUUAGACCUUCAAUCUUGGCACAAUGAAAUUCUUACUGUUCAGCUAUGUCCUUCAGGCUAUUUAUGCCCAUGCAUAAAUAGCCAACAGUCAUACUAUGUUGAAAGCACCGCUUGUCGUCCAAUCAGUGAAAUUAAGCAACAUUAAGUCUGGCCAGUACUUGGAUGGGUGACCAACUGCAAACACUAGAUGCUCUUGGUGUCUAUGAGACGUCUUUUGCAACCAUGGUAUGUCUCAAGGCUUAUGCCUUUCUGCUGUUCUGUCUGAUUUGCUAGGUGAUCAACAGAGUACAAUCAUUAUGAAUCUAUGGGCCCUGGUGUCUACCAAGUGACCAUCUGCUUUAUAAACACUUGACCUUCAAGUCUGAAUGCCAACAACUUGUUUGUUCCAGCUUGGCCAAGAAACGAUAUCCAAGAGCACCAUUUCUUUUGACUGUGUAAUGAUCAAAUAUAGUGGACAACAGUGCAUUUCGGGUGAGAUUUCGCAAGGUCAGGGGCAUUGGUCUGCCCUUCUCAUUCAGGAAGAUCCUAUUGGACAGGUACUAAGGACAGGAAUGUGGUCAUGACAGACCACGUCCACCUCCCCUUUUACUAUUUUGGACAUUGUCCAUAGAUCCUUGGGUUCUGUGGUGGCUGCUCAGCAGUCAUGUAGUUCACCCAGCUCCCCUUGGGGACAAAUGGCAUCUCGCGUAAGGUGUACGGCUGCAAAAGAGAAGGUGUGUGUGGGACAGAUCUCCUACCUUUCUCUUUUAUACCCUUCCUCUUCCAGUGGGCAGAGGGAUGGUUAGCAAGCCGUCACAUGCUGGACAGUUGUGCUUGCAGGUGUUCUAUAAUUUAGCUCCAUUUGGAUUAAUAGAUUUAAAUCCUACCCUUUCUCUAGCAGGGGGAGAGAUGGACUGACAAUGAACAAACCCAUUGAUUAUCUUCAGCUUUAUUGGGUUCAUCCAAGACUUUCUUAGAAUCAGUGAUGCUUCAUCCCAUUAGUUCAAAAGGCCCAGAAGUCUGGGAGUUGAACAUCACACAUACUCAAUACAUCAGAGGCAUGGGUCUCCCUCCUUUGCUAUUACAUAACCAGGAAACCAGGAUGAGAGGCCCCAAGUGAGGUGAACUACCAGUCGGUUUAGAGAUUUGCUCAGAAUCCUCCCACCAAGGAGUAAGUCUCCCAUAUGUAAAGACCAUGGGUUUGUAUACAUACGUGUAGGAACAUACGACAAAUUUUGAUAGUAAUUUGUAUUUUUUCUAACAUACAAACCUGAGAUCUAUACAUAAAUGGCCCAGCUCUAGCCACCCAUCGUUCUACUACCUGAGCCAAAAAAUAGAAUGCAUAAUGACUGUAUUGCAUAGCUCCUCCCCUACUGUUGCUAGCUAGCUACCAACAACCACCUUGUUUAUAAUUAAUUGGCCAUGUGUAAAAUCCUCAGGUUUGUAUCUUAGGAAAAAUACAAAUUACUAUAAAAAUUUGUCAUUUUGGAAAACUUUAAUUUCAGGAAAACAGAUUGUGUCAGAAACACGUAGAUUGCAUGAUUGGAAACCAGGUGUUAUGGUAGUAGUAUCAUAUUUUGUUUGGUGUUGCAGGAAUUAAAUCAAUGUAGAAGUGAUUUCAGUGAACAAGAGUACAGAAGGGUGUUAAAAACUGGAAUAAAUAAUUUUGUUAUGAAGGCACUUCAUGUUUCUUAUACAGGAAUAACACUAAGGAAUUAAAUGUGUACAAUAAUAUUUUUAUAAUGCAAAAAUAUUUUCUAAAGUAAUGUUUAAAUGCCAAAGGGUUUUGAAGAGGCAUUGGACAAUAUCUAAAUUUUGUGCACUGAUUAUUAAUAAAUAUUUGCAAUUGAA